AUGGAAGAGAAUCCUCAGAGUAAUAUAAAUUUUAUUCCUUGCAUCCGUUGGGUAAAACGUGGAGUAGCUAAUCCAAAUCCUACCAAGGUCCAGUUAUCCAAAAGUGAGGUGGCACAAAUCAUCAAAGAUGCAAAAGGAAAACUGCAGAUUGCAUCAACUGAAAAUGAAGAUGUGUCUAUGGAAGGACAGUCUACAACAGAUGAAUUCAAUUUAGACCAAUAUGAUGAAGAAGAUGGAGAUGACACUGCACAUGCUUUGGGAAUUGGCUCAUUGGCAGAGUUGCCCAAUGAAGCAGAAGACAACUUUUCAGAAUCAGAUGAUUCUGAAAAAGAGGAUGAUCUUAUCAAGCCAACUGAUAACUUGAUAUUGGUAGGACAUGUGGAAGGGGAUGCUAGUAUUCUAGAAGUAUAUGUUUACAAUGAGGAUGAAGGUUCAUUAUAUGUCCACCACGACUUUCUUUUACCUUCAUUUCCUCUGUGUUUGGAAUGGUUGAACUUUGAGCCAAACAUGCCUAAAGGCAAUUACUGUGCGGUGGGAUCAAUGUCGCCGAUUAUAGAGGUGUGGGAUAUUGACUUGAUAAAUGUAAUGGAACCCUCUUUCACGCUUGGAAAGUCUGCCAGCAGAAAGAAGAAUAGAGAAAGUAUAGGACACACUGAUGCAGUAUUGGCAUUGGCUUGGAACAAAAUUUUCGAGCAUGUGAUGGCGAGCGGGUCAGUCGAUCAGAGCAUACUUUUGUGGGACAUCGAAACCAAGACGCCCAACACGACUGUGAAAGCUUUCGCCGACAAAGUUCAAUGCCUCGAAUGGCAUAGGCUAGAAGCUCAAACUCUACUGGCAGGUGGAUGUGAUAGUACAGCAAGAAUAUUCGAUUGCAGAAAUCCCGAUACUCACCAGACUUGGUCUCUGGAUGGGGAAGCUGAGAGACUGGUGUGGUGUCCUCUGGAACCCUUUGUGUUUGUAGCUGGUACCAGCAAAGGCACUAUCCAAUGUUUCGAUUGCAGAAAAGGCCAACUAUGGUCAGUAGAAGCACAUUCCAAAGAAGUCACCGGUUUGACGAUAAGUAGCCAGUGUCCGGGUCUGUUAUUAACGGCCUCCCCUGACGAAAUGGUGAAAACGUGGGAUUUCACGCUCGAUAGUCCUCCGAAAUUGGUGAACGAACGAGAAUUCAAGAUGGGCAAUAUUCACUGUCUGGAACUUUGUCCUGAUUCUCCCUUCGUGAUAACACUGGGUGGGGACAAAAAAUCGAAUAAUUUCACAGUUUACGAUCUGCAAAAUGAUGACGUUGUUAAACACACUUUCGAGUCCAGGGAAUUGGUGCAGUUAGUAUCAGGUGCAAAUGAGGAAAGCACAAGUAAUAUAAAUGGUUGA